UGUGCCGUGUGCCUUGGGCGAAACCCCCACAAGAUUAUUGAAUGCAAGUCCCUCAAAACGUGGGACAACACCUUCAAUACUCUUACCACCCGUCUCAGCAAAGUACUCACAAUGCGAGACGGACGUCCCAUCUGCAGCGAUUGGCAGAGAGCAAGUGGGUGUAUCGACACCACCCACGAUCGCCGCCAU